CUACCCGUGUCUCCGCUGGGCUAUCUGUGGGUGCAGUUGGCAAGCGAGCUUGCUCUUGCCCGGUUCGGUAAUACAUAGAGAGUUCGCUGUCUCGGUAUCCUUCUGUUCCUUGUGUGAAAAUACCUCCUUUCAUACUCCUACGAAUUCUACCGUUUUGAUAGAGAAAAUACUUGCGUGCCGGGAAGUAAAACAAGCCAUUUGGUGUCAAAAAUCAUUGCUACUGUUGUGAUGGUCGAACACGUCCUGUGGGACUGCAAUGUAUGAUGUGAAUAUGCGUUGCUUGGCAGCUCGAGUUAACUACAAGACCUUGAUUAUCAUCUGUGCUCUGUUUACACUGGUCACUGUUCUUCUGUGGAACAAAUGCUCGAGUGAUAAAGCAAUCCAGUUUCCGAGGCACCUCGGCCACUUGGAGAACUUGGUUGGCAAAGGAGCUUUAGAAAAAAGAGAAAUAGACUCUGAUGAUGACAACUAUCUGGCUAUCCUUUUAAGAGGAGGAAAGCCUCCGGGAAAGCCUCCAGUAAAGCAGCCAUCUGCAGAUGUGUCCCACCAGGAGCAGCAGAGAGCACCUCCUGUAGCCAAUAUUCUAAACAACAAUGCCAAUAAACUAUUGGGUAUUAAAUACGAAGAGAUGGAUUGCUUAAUAAAUGAUGACUAUACAAUAAAAGGCAGGAAAGAAGGCAAUGAAGUUUAUCUUCCCUUCAGCUGGAUUGAGAAAUAUUUUGAAGUUUAUGGAAAGAUUGCCCAAUAUGAUGGUUAUGAUCGGUUUGAGUUUUCCCACAGUUAUUCAAAAGUGUACACUCCAAGGGGUACUUAUCGGCCAGAUGGGGUAUUCAUGUCAUUUGAAGGCUACAAUGUGGAAGUCCGAGACCGUGUGAAGUGCAUCAGUGGUGUUGAAGGUGUUCCUUUGUCCACUCAGUGGGGACCACAAGGAUAUUUCUAUCCUAUUCAGAUAGCACAAUAUGGGCUAAGUCACUACAGUAAAAACCUCACUGAGAAGCCUCCACAUACAGAAGUCUAUGAAGCCACAGACAAAAGAGAUAAAAGCACAAAGCAAAAUGACUGGAUGGUGCCAAAAGGUUGUACUGUUUCUACAGUGUUUGACAAAGCAAGAUCCAGCAAUGUAAAUCAGUUCUCUGCCCCAGAAUCUUCAGAAGGAGUUUCUCUGAUGCUUGGAAAUACAAAAGAUUUCAUUAUUUCAUUUGACAUUAAAUUCUUAACAAAUGGGAGUGUUUCGGUGGUACUGGAGACAACUGAAAAGAACCAACUAUUUACAAUUCACUAUGUCACAAAUACACAACUUAUAGCCUUCAAAGACAGAGAUAUUUACUACGGCAUAGGCCCACGGACUAGCUGGAGUACUGUUACUAGAGAUCUGGUAACUGACCUGAAGAAAGGGGUUGGCUUGUCCAAUACCAAGGCUGUAAAGCAGACUAAAAUAAUGCCCAAGAAAGUCAUCAAGCUGGUUGCCAAGGGAAAAGGCUUCAUUGAUAACAUCACAAUAGCAACUACAGCACACAUGCCAGCCUUCUUUGCUGCCAGUGACUGGCUGGUAAGAAAUCAGGAUGAGCAAGGUGGCUGGCCAAUUAUGGUGACACGCAAACUAGGUGAGGGUUUUAAGUCUUUGGAGCCUGGCUGGUAUUCGGCCAUGGCACAAGGUCAAGCCAUGUCUACGCUGGUAAGGGCCUAUUUGCUUACAAAGGAACAGGUGUAUCUCAAUUCAGCCUUACGGGCAGUCAUGCCCUUUACUCUCAAAUCAGAGGAUCACGGGGUUAAAGCUGUGUUUAUGAAUAAAUACGACUGGUAUGAAGAAUACCCAACUUCUCCCAAUUCUUUUGUUCUGAAUGGCUUCAUAUACUCUCUACUAGGUCUGUAUGAUCUGAAAGAAACUGCAGGUGAGAAACUAGGACAAGAAGCUAAGAAACUCUAUGAUCAAGGCAUGGAAUCGUUGAAAGCCAUGCUUCCAUUGUUUGACACUGGCUCAGGUACAAUCUAUGAUCUCCGCCAUUUUAUGCUUGGUACAGCUCCAAACUUGGCACGCUGGGACUAUCACACCACCCACAUCAACCAGCUGCAACUGCUGAGCACAGUCGACGAUGCACCUAUCUUUAAGGAAUUUAUUAAAAGAUGGAAGUCCUAUUUAAAAGGAGGGAGGGCUAAGCACAACUAGAGCUGAAAGCCAAAUUAUAAUCUUGUCAAUCAAUCAUUAUAAUAUGAGGUUCUUUAAUUGAUACAUUUUUCUAAGCAUACAAAUAGUACAUUUUGAGUCCCUGCUGCCCUCUACAAUGGCACACUUGUAAGAGUGUAACACUCUAAUUAUUUAAGAAAUCAAAUGGUUGUGAAGCAAUAUGUCUGAGUAAGCAUUGUUUUGGUUGUCCUUGCUUUUCUGUUUGGGGAACACCUGUCAUUUAACUGAAUUUUCAAUUCCACAUGCUGAUUCAUUUCAUGGCCACUUUCAAGCUGUUUCUGACAAUACAAUCAUGUGAAUGGCACUCUGUUUUUGGCUAUGCUCGUUCAUUUCUCUCCAUUGUUAUUUUUUUUUUCUACUGACAUGAUUUUGUUUUUGCAACCACUUGAUUAUAUUAAAUGAUGUUCCUUUUCAAUAGGAGAAUAAAUGAUUUUAUUCUUUCUUUAAAAGGAAUGUCAGCACCUAUUUGGUGUUCCUGGUGUGGCAGCAGUCCCAACAUCUGCAUUCAGCAAUCCUGUAUCUUAUCCAUUUCCAGUCUCCAAUCUCCCGACUCAUUUCCUGAUUUCUCUGCAUAAUGAAAUGUUGAAAGUGGUGAUUAACCCCUAAGGUGGUUUUAUAGGCAUGUUGUUUUAUCUUCUGUUUGGGGAUGAGGCUGUUCUUUCAUAAAUUAGGAAGUAGCAUGGAUUUUAAAAUCCAUUCAUGUGUUCACCUGUAACUAGCAUAGAAUAUUUUUCCACUGUUUUUUUAAAAGUUGAAGCUUAUUGCUCAUUUAGCUUUUGAUGCACAUGGCGAAGCACAACAGAAUAAAAAUUGAUUAAAGUGUAACUGCACAAAUAGAGUAAUAUAUGUAUAGUGGAUUCUGUAAAACAGUGCAAGGGAUGGGUUUGGUUUCCAAUGGAAUCGGACUGUUCCAGAUGGUGCCAAUUUCACCAUUUUGCCUUGUCACAAUCUUUAUCGCACCCCUUUCAUUCAUGAUUUAAUUCGUUUUCCAUUUGUGGCUGAUUUUGUGUGUGGCACAUAGUAUCCAAGGAUGAGGAUACAGCAUAGUAAUAAUGACCUAAUUUUGCUUGUAUUUGGCUUUUUAAAAAAAUUUUAUUUGAUGGCAAUUGUUCUUGUAAUUCAAGCAUUGCUUCCUUUCCACCUUUCUACGUCAGUUGUAAAUAUGGGAAUCUUGUUUAUCAGUGUGUUGAUUUAAGGAGUAGAAACUAGUUUGCUUGUGUAAUUCACUUGGUUUAUGAAAAAAAAGCACCUGAGUUAUCAGCCUAAGGAGGCUUGAUAUUGACACUACAUAUGUCCCUUUCAUUUGUUUUGUGAAUGAUUAUGGGGCUAUAGUGCAAUUUUCAUAGGUGCUGACUGAUCUGUCUUUUGUAUAUCUAAUUUAUUAUGGUUGUAUUUCAGAUUUGCAUAAUUGUUCUAUUUUGAUUUUCAUUUCAAAUCCUGAACUGAUUGACUAUCACACAAUUUGGGAUGGAAGGGGUGAUUUAAGCUAUAUUGUUACUGUAUUUUAAAGUGUACACAUUAAACAAUAAAAUCACCAGCCCAGAAAUGGAUUUGAAUGCUGAAAUCAUUUGAACAAUAUUUUCGGAAUGACUUUGGUUGCCAGUGUAUCCUCAGUCCAAAACUUUGAACCAUAUUAACCAUAUUUUGAUGUUUGUCAUCCUUCUCAAAUUGGUUCAAAAUAGUUACUGGUGAGGGAGAAGAUUCAUCUAAGAUAUUUACAACACUGAUUGUAAAUAUGUUGUUUGAUAACCUUUUAAAUCUAAUUUUUCAAUAUUGGUUUUCCUUAUAUGGGACCAAAUUGAAGUUUAAUAUUGAGCAUUGGUGUAUAGAAUAAUUGCUAAAGUGUUGACAAGGCCACUUAAUCCAUCAUUGUGGUGAUUCACAUGCUUAAACUCUCCUAAAAUUUUAUUCAUUCUAUUUUUCCUUAACUACAAGGGAACAAACAUUGUAAAUUCUGAUAUUUCUAUUCCUAAGUAAUUAUAUUCUUAGUGGCCACUUUAUUAGUUACAGAGUGGAACCCAGUGUGGACUUCUGCUGUUGUAGCCCAUCCACUUCAAGGUUUGAUGUGAUGUGCCUUUAGGGAUGCUCCUCUGCACACCACUGUUAUAAAGCAUAGUUAUUUGAGUUGCUGUCACUUUCUUGUGAGCUUGAACCAGUCUAGCUAUUCUCUUCUUAACCUCUCUCAUUUUCACCACACAGAUCUGCAACUCACUGGAUGUUUUUUUUUGUUUUUCACACGAUUCUCUGUAAAUGAAUGUGCAUGAAUAUCCCAAGGGAUACUCAAACCACCCCAUCUGGCACUGACAAUCAUUCCACAGUCAAAGUCACUUAGAUUACUUUCUUCCCCAUUCUGAUGUUUGGUUUGAACCACAGCUGAACCUCUUAACCGUGGUUGCAUGCUUUCAUACAUUAAGUUGCUGCCACAUGAUUAGCUAAUGAGAUAUUUUCAUAAACAUAUAAGUGUACAUUCAUACCUAAUAAAGUAGCCGCUGAGUAUAGUUCGUCCAACUUUGUGAAUCAGCGUUCAAAAGUCUGCUUGGUUAAUGAUGAAGCUAUGAGAAAGUUAAACUACUUUUCCACCCCCUUCCCUCUUUUUGUCUGUGUCUGUUUUUCUAACUUAGUGCUAAGUAUGGAGUGGUUAAAAAGACCAGAACUGUUGCUAGUAAGGUCUGUCUGUAAUAUUCACUGCUUGCUUCCAAUUAGUUAGAAGGGAAAACAUACUAAAGAUUAUUUAUUUACAGAUUAUAGUUGAUAGCACAUUGUCCAAUGGUGUGUUUGAUUUUUAAAAUCUCAGAUACUGAUAGCUACUUGAUCUGAUACAUGGCAUAUAGAGGAAAGGUGUUCAUUUUGGGAAGAAAUGGGGAGGUAUUUCCAAUGUAUUCAUUAUCCAGCUUUUUCUGUUGCUGGAAGGUUUUUUUAUAUGCAAUUUUUAUUUUAUAUUUCCCUCUACUUCUGCAACUGCCCCACCCAAAAAAUAUGGUUAUUUUCUUUGCAAAGCAUUUGCUAGUGGUUUAACGAUUUUAUAUCAAUGUAUUACUCUGUUUUCUUCAUAAUUGUGGGAUUUUGUAUUAGAGCUUAAAAUCAUCUUCUCUUCAGAUUUUGUGUUGUGAAUACCAAAGCAUUAAAAAAAAUCCUUACACACUUGAGCAGGUUUUCUUUUAACUGGUGAUAUUACACAUUUAGUCUGGUCAUUGGAUGCAUUAGAAUGUAAAUUGCAGGUGGGUAUAUGCAAAUUGAUGUCACAUGAGUGAGUAAUAACUUUGUGCGAUGUACCCUGUCUGGACUAUGCGCAAGACUUUCACUGAAAGCUGCUAUUUUCAUUCACACUGUGUAUUUUUGAUCAUUUUAACUUGUAUUUUUACAUGUGGAUCUGAACCAUAUGUUGGAUAUGCAAUAACUUGUUUACGAAACACUGUUGCCUGUUGACAGGGUGAGGACAGUGUAAAGCUGUACCAAUUUGCAUUUGUUAAGCACAAUGUGCACACUGUAGUACAGCAUUGCUAUUUUGUACACGGCAAAAAUUCAUAAUUUUUCAAAUAAAGUGACUAUAUACUACAUUUAUAUAAAAAUAUUGAUUGGAUCAAUCUUUGCUGUGCUGAGUAUCUUUGCUUAUUGGAAUUGUACAAUAAAGCAUUUUCU